GGGGAGAAGGAGGAGGAGCCGGUUUCACCCGGAACGAAAACAAACAGCGACCCGCUCCAUCCGGGGACUUUCCGGAGCGCUGGCGAGCUCUGACCGUAGCGCCGCUCAGGUGAGUGAGGCUUCGGCCCGGCCCGGGCUGGGCUGGGCUGGGCUGAGUCAGGGGGCCGAGGGGCAGUCGCAGGCCAGCCUGCCUCUCAGCCUCCUGUCAGCACAGCCUCCCGGGGUGUCGGCUCCGGCUGCGCCCCGUGGGCACGCCCCUCUCCGCCCCCUGAGAGCCUCCCGGGAUUGCGGAGCCCCUUCUGGAGCUCUGGUAUGAGGGGAGCCGGCUCCGGGCGGACGAAGUGAUUCCCAGGGGAGCUGUCAGGCCCAUCGGGAACAGGGCGGGGCAGGCCGGGCCCGCCUCCUUUCCUCUCCUGCGCAGGGGGCCAAGGCUGCGAGAAGGUCCAUCCUUCCUUCUUUCCUUCCAUCCAUCAUCCAUCCAUCCAUCUAUCCUCGUCCUUGUCUGCAGAAGCAGACACGUCUCCCUUUCUACCCCUCCUUCCAAACCUCCGGGCACUCAGGAGGGGGUGGUCACUGCGGGGAGCGAGCUCUUCCGGAAACCCCUUACUCUGUUCACCCAGGAAAGGCAGAUCCGCCCCGGCUCAUUUUACAGAUGAGGAAACUGAGGAAAACAGGGUGAAGUGAAGCCCAGGGUCACACAGCUAGAUGGCACAAAAGAAAUAUCUGCAAGCAAAACUAACCCACUUCUUAAGGGAAGACAAAAUUCAACUUUGGAAACCUCCAUAUACAACUGAGAACAAAGAAGCUGGUUUGGUAUUGAAGGAACUUGCAAAGAAAUAUUCAGACAAGCUAGAAUGCUGUGAAAAUGAGAUAGAAAAAAUUAUUGAAGAAAUACGGUGUAAAGCAAUUGAACGUGGAACAGGAAAUGAAAAUUUUAAAACCACAGGUGUUGCUACAAUUGAGGUGUUCUUGCCUCCACGACUAAGAAAAGAUAAGAAAAGCUUGUUGGAAACCAAACUACACAUCACUGGCAAAGAACUGAGAUCACAAAUAGCUGAAUCCUUUGGAUUUCAAGAAAACUACAUCAAAAUAGUUAUAAAUAAGAAGCAGCUUCAAUUAGGGAAAACCCUGGAAGAGCAAGGGGUUACACACAAUGUGAAAGCGAUGGUGCUUGAACUCAAACAGUCUGAAGAAGAUGCCCGGAGAAAUCUUCAGGAAGAAGAACUAGAGCAAAAUGAAGCUGACAAGAAAGAAAAGAGGAUGCAGAGAACAAAGAGAGGCCUAGAGAUACUGGCGCAGAGAGCUGAGACUGUGGAUCCUGAAACAACUCCAUACUUAGAAAUAGCUAAUCAGACAGGCAGAUCAAUCAAAAUACCCACAGCAGAAAAAAAAGCCCUUAUGUUAGCUAUGGGAUAUCAUGAAAAGGGUCGAGCAUUUCUGAAAAGAAAAGAAUAUGGAAUAGCAUUGCCCUGUCUGCUGGAUGCUGACAAAUAUUUCUGUGAAUGUUGCAGAGAACUGUUGGAUACAGUAGAUAAUUAUGCAGUGCUUCAGCUGGAUAUAGUGUGGUGUUACUUCCGUCUGGGACAACUGGAAUGCCUUGAUGAUGCAGAAAGAAAGCUAAAUAUGGCCCAAAAAUGCUUUAAAAACUGCUAUGGGGAAAACCACCAAAGACUAGUCCAUAUAAAAGGAAAUUAUGGGAGAGAGAAGGUACUAUUUUUAAGACUUUAUUUGCUUCAAGGAAUAAGAAACUAUCAUAGUGGUAAUGGGGAGGAGGCUUCUGAAUAUCUCAAUAAGGCGCAGCAACUCUAUGAAGAACUGUCUAUAGAUCCUGGCAAAGUUCACAGUUUGUUACAAUUGGGAUUUACUGCUCAGGAAGCCCGGCUUGGCCUAAGGGCUUGUGAUGGGAAUGUGGAUCAUGCUGCCACCCAUAUUACCAACCGAAGAGAGGAAAUUGCCCAAAUAAAGAAAGAAGAAAAAGAAAAGAGAAAAAGACGACUGGAUAACAUAAAUUCUCUGAAAGGAAUGGGCUACUCAGCUCAUGCUGCAAAAGAAGCUCUCCAUCAGGCUAGAGGAAACCUGGAUGAAGCACUUAAGAUUCUUCUGAGUAAUCCUCAGAUGUGGUGGCUAAAUGAUGCAGAUCCUGAGACUAGCAACAACCAGGAGCAUGUUUCUCAAGAAAAUGUUGAUAAGUUGGUAUAUAUGGGCUUUGAAGCUGAGACAGCCAAGACAGCUCUCAGAGUAUUUAGAGGAAAUGUUCAACUGGCUGCUCAGACACUUGCUCAUAAUGGAGGAACUCUUCCCUCUGACUUACAAAUACCAUCUGAAGAUUCUUCUUCAACUUCAUCAACAAAAUCUCCUUCAGAUUCUGCUGGUACGUCUAGUGCCUCAACAGAUGAAGAUAUGGAAACAGAGGCAGUCAAUGAAAUCUUGGGUGAUAUUCCAGAACACGAAGAAGAUUAUCUUGACUCAACUCUAGAAGAUGAAGCAUUGGUUAUUGCUGAGUACUUAUCCUAUGUAGAGAAUAUAAAAUCAACAAGCCAGAAAAAGUAGAUGACAAAUUGAAAUAAGUACCUUAAUUUUGUGCUUAUAAAUUCUAUCUGUAUAAAAAAAUCCAAUACAGUCCUUCAUUUUUUUCUUCCUCCCUAUUGCUUGCUUUAACUAUUUGAAUGAUCAUUCCUAGGAUAGGGACAGAGAAGAUAAAGGACUAUAAAAGCAGGGACCAGCAAAACCCCUGAAAUAGUAGUAGUGGGUGGAGGUGGGGGUAGGAACAGAGAUUGCUUUGGCCUGACUUGUCUUUUCUUGUCUUCAUUCAAACCUGGCCUCCUCACCGUGGCCCACCUGGCCUGGCUUCUUUUCCCUGCAGAUUGGGUCAUGAUGAGUUAGCAAGGUAGCCACCAUGCUAGAGAGUGCUGUUGGGAAAGAACAGGGUUUUACCCAACCCCUAGCACAGUCUCUGGCUUUAUAGCUGUAGACUAUGACCCUCUUUUCUCUUAGACUGUGCUCUGGAUUCUUUCUUCACAUAGUGCCUGUCCUUGCCUCAUAAGCACCUGUGCCUUCCUCUAUCAACUUGGCUACUAUUGUCACUAAAAUUGUGUUUUAAAUUUCUAUUCCAUGUGCAAAAAAAGCAGAUGAAUGGGCUUCAGGUACAGAAUAAAAUAAUGGUAAAUGCCUGGAGCCUUUAAAUACCUUGAUUAUAUAGUAAAAUAUGCGUUUGAAAUUCAGGUCAGGAAUAUGCAUUCAGCAGUUUUGUUUUUUCACAACUUCAUUUAUUAAAUGGAAAGCAAAGCAACUCUAUUUUUAAUUAAUCUCUUCCAAAUCUGCACUGUCAUUUAAUGUCAUUGCUAGCAGAGAAAAAACUAUGUAGAGGAAACAAAUAUUUGAUGACAGAUUUUUUUGUAUACUUAUAUUUAAAAGAGUUUAUUUCUAAGGGUAUGUGGUUAAUCUGUUUAGUGGAAUGAAUAAAUCCUUUUCAUAACA